AUGGAGGACUACGACUUCAUCAUAAUAGGUGCUGGUGCAUCGGGCAUAAACGCCGCCCACAAGGUCCAGACAGAAUUUCCCAAUGCCAAGUACACCAUACUCGAGGCCCGGGACACGAUUGGCGGCACUUGGGACUUCUUCAAAUACCCCGGCCUCCGCUCUGAUUCUUAUCUCACGGGCUUUGGCUUCAGAUGGCGGCCAUGGAGCGAGGAGAAAGAAAUUGCCGAUGGGGCUACGAUACAGAAAUACCUCCAAGAAUCUGUUGAGUAUGCGGGUAUCGACAAGCACAUUCAGUUCGAGCACAGAGUCGUGGGUGCUCACUGGUCGUCGGCUGAGAACCGAUGGACUGUCGAAGCAGAGGUGGGCGAUGGCGAGGAGAGGAAAGAAUUCCGAACCCAAUAUGUCCUCACAUGCAGCGGAUAUUACGACUACAAGACACCCUUGCAAGCUGAAAUUCCGGGGAUAUCAAACUUCAAAGGCACCGUUGUCCACCCUCAAUUCUGGCCCGAAGAUCUCGACUAUUCUGGGAAGAAAGUGGUAAUCAUCGGCUCUGGUGCGACUACCAUCACAAUUCUGCCAGUACUUGCGAAAACAGCAGCGAAGGUUACAAUGCUUCAACGGAGUCCGAGCUACGUGAUGCCACUGCCAUCGGCUCCGGGUCACAUAUUUGCGCUACGCAAGUUACUGCCGAAGAGAAUGGCCGACACGAUCAACUUCUGGAAGGAUGUCCUCUUCCAGACGAUCCUCAAGACUUUCUGUUUCACUUUCCCACAAUUCGCAAGGAAGAUGCUUAUCAGGGCAAUGGCAAGGGAGCUUAAGGGCUCAGGAAUCCCCGUCGACCCGCACUUCACCCCGAGAUACGCCCCAUGGACGCAGCGGCUAUGCGUUUGCCCAGACGGCGACUUCUACGACGCGCUGCGGGGCGGCAAUUGUGAGGUAGUCACUGACCACAUCGACACGGUGACUGAGUCCGGGAUCAAGACCGAGUCAGGCAAGACCAUCAACGCCGAUAUUAUCGUCACGGCGACGGGACUCAAGCUCCUGAUACUCGGCGGCGUCGACUGCACCGUCGACGGGCAGCACUUCAAUAUCGCGGAACGGUUUGCCUGGCGCAACUUCAUGCUCGAGGGCGUACCCAACAUGGCUAUGGUCAUCGGCUACACGGACAUGAGCUGGACGCUGGGAAGCGACGCGUGCCUGCGGCUGCUGAUGCGGGUCAUCCACCACAUGAGGAGGAUAGGCGCUGUCGCCGUGAGGCCAGUUGUUCAGAACAGGGAGGCGAUGAAGGCCGAGCCGAUCAUCAGCAUGAAGUCCACUUAUUUCGUGGUCGCGCAGGACAAGUUGCCGAGGAAGGCUGGGGUGGACCCCUGGAACGAGCGAAAGGGGUACAUAUCCGAGUCCUUGCUUGCGAAGUUCGGCACAAUUGGGUCUAUCGCAAAAGGACUACAGUUCACUGCGGGCCCUGGAGAGGGGAAUGGUAAUUGGAAGAAAGGGAGUGCAAACGGAUCGGUGAAUGGGAUGUUGAACGGGAUGAAGGCGAAUGGUCGCACCAACGGGCACGUAAAUGGUCGCGCAGCUGGGCAUUCCAAGGUGGAAUAA